AUGAGGUCACACAAAGGCAUACUACUGAAUCAAAGAAAGUAUACAUUAGAGCUUAUAUCAGAAUUAGGAAUCAGUGGUGCAAAAUCUGCAAGUUCACCCCGUGAGCAAAAGCGAAAGUUUACUACUGUUGACUAUGAUAAGCAUGUUGGACUCAAAGGAGAUGAGGAGCUAAUAGAUAUUGGAGGCUAUCAGAAACUGCUUGGGAAGUUGAUUUGUUUGACCAUAACCAGACCUGAUAUCUGCUUUGCAGUACAAGUCAUAAUUCAAUUUAUGCAACAUCCAAAGCAAUCACACUUAGAGGCAGCUAUGAGAGUGGUAAAAUAUAUAAAAGGGUCACCAGGAAAAGGAAUACUAUUCAAGAAGGGAUCAUUAAAAGAGAUUUCAGCCUAUUGUGAUUCUUACUGGGAAGCCUGCCCAAACAUCAGAAGAUUAGUGACAGGUUAUGUCAUUAAACUUGGUGAAUCAUUGAUUUCUUGGAAGUCUAAGAAGCAACAGACAAUAAGUAGAAGUUCUGCAUAA